UGAGCGGAGCACGGCAGCGGCUGGACGUGUGUGCCCGCGGGUCAUGGACGGGCGGGCGGUGCUGAUCCAAGCGCUGCUGGCGGCAGUGUGCUCGGCGGCGGCGAGCGGGCUGCGCCGGGACGAGCUGCACAACGAGGUGCUGCACAAGGGCGGCGGCGGGGUGCCGGUCCUGGCCACGGCCCCGCUGCUCGGCGGCAGCCCGGAGAAGGAGGGAGGCGGAGCGGCCUCGGGGGACGACUUCAGCGAGCUGCCGAGAGUUGCCUUCCUGUCAAAGCCUCAAGGCCUCGUUACUCCCAAGAAAAAAGGGAACGGCAAUAAAAGAAGAAAAGGCAAAGGCCUGGGGAAGAAGAGAGACCCGUGCCUGCGGAAGUACAAGGAUUUCUGUAUUCACGGCGAGUGCAAGUACAUCCGAGAGCUGGGAGCUCCCUCUUGCAUAUGCCAGCCAGGCUAUCAUGGAGAACGUUGCCAUGGCCUCUUGCUGCCAGUGGAGCACCCUCCCAGCGCCUACGACCACACCACAGCCCUGGCCGUCGUUGCUGUUGUCCUGUCCUCCCUGUGUCUCGUCAUCAUCGCAGCCCUGCUGAUGCUCAGGUGUCACAAGAGGGGUGGCUACGAUGUAGAAAACGAAGAGAAAAUCAAGCUGGGCAUCACUGUGAAUCACUGAGGAUGCCAGGUGCUGGCGAGGGGCCGGCACUAAUGCACUUCUACCUCCUGGAAGAGGCGAGACCGCGGCGCCAGCGGCACGGGGCUGCGGCACUCUGGGGGCUCGCUGGAGCGCCAGGACGGCACCGGCGGGGCUGCUCGGGCAGCGGCGGCACUGCGGCAGCUCCGUGGCCAUCUCCGGGACGGAGCGGUGCUGACCGGGGGCACGGGGGCUCUCCGUCCACUGCAGUGUGUGCCGAGGAACAAGCUGUGAAAGGGAGGAGACCGGGCUCGGG